AUGGAUCCUGUGUCUGAGGCUAUCGACGGUAUUCGGGGUGAAAUCGGCAUGGAUCCCAAAGGGAUCGUCGGUCUGCAUGCAUCUCGAUCUUCCGUGCCUCCCAGCUAUACGGAACAUGCUUCAUUAGCGCCUUUUCAAAGAGGCUAA